AUGGCACCCAAAGUUACUAAAGGUCUCAACCAAACACUUUACAGUCAGGUUAACAUACCAAUAACAGAAGAACUACUGGAUGACGUUUUAUCCUCCGAAGAACUUUCUCAACGUCUUCCUUUCGAGAAUUUCGAAUUUUUGAUCAGAAUUCCAAAACAACAAUUGAGUUUUAGAGUGAAGGUUGCACCAAGACUAUACGGACUUCAAUUAACUUUUACACCUGAAUUCAGAGAAAUAUUUAUUGAUCUAGUUCUUUCCAGUCAUAACGAUGAAUCCCUGAAUCCGCUCGUCAAUAUUAAUGACGAAGGGUUCAAAGAUACAUUUCCCGUAUCGUUUCCCUUAUCGGCUGCGGGAAUAAAAGAUUUGGUGUCCUCUUUUAGAAUAUUUUCGAGACUCCUUGAAGGAAGUUGGAAAAUUGUAGUUCCCGCGCAAAAAAUUGAAUGGGACGUAAAGAUAGUUGAUAGAUCAGGCAUUAUUAGGAUUACUUUUAAACCGAAAUUUAAACAACCACAAGCUUUAAGGGAUUAUGUAGUAAUAGUACAUAAUUAA